CGCGGGGAGCGGGGCCGGGCCGGGCCGUGCGGGCGGCGGCCGCCGGCGGGCCAUGCUGCUAAAGCUCCUGCAGCGCCAGACCUAUACCUGCCUGUCGCACAGGUAUGGGCCCUGCCUCUGCCUCGGGGGCCUCGUCCUCAUGGUCGUCUCCGCCCUGCAGUUCGGGGAGGUUGUCUUGGAGUGGAGUAGAGACCAGUAUCAUGUUAUGUUUGAUUCAUAUAGAGACAACGUCGCUGGCAAAUCAUUUCAGAAUAGGCUUUGUUUACCCAUGCCAAUUGAUGUGGUGUACACCUGGGUGAAUGGCACAGAUGUGGAACUGAUCAAAGAAUUGCAACAGGUCAGGGAACAGAUGGAGGAAGAACAGAAAAUAAUGAGGGAAAUCCUUGGAAAGAAUGCAACAGAACCUACAAAGAAGAGUGAGAAGCAGCUGGAGUGUUUGCUGACACACUGCAUCAAAGUGCCCAUGCUUGUCCUGGAUCCUGCGCUGCCUGCCAACGUCACACUGAAAGACCUGCCCUCCAUCCACCCUGCUUUACAAGCUGCUAACAAUAUGUUCUUUGUAGCAAAACCAAAAAAUCCUUCCACCAAUGUGACUGUGAUUGUUUUUGAUAGCCCUAAGGACGUUGAAGCUGCCCAUUCUGGAAUGUUAAAAGACAACAGCAAACAGAUAGUAUGGAGGGGUUACUUGACUACAGACAAAGAAGUUCCAGGUCUGGUAUUAAUGCAAGACUUGGCCUUUCUUAGUGGAUUUCCAGCUACAUUCAAAGAAACAAACCAGCUAAGAACAAAACUGCCAGAGAGCCUGGCCUCUAAAGUAAAACUGGUAAGGCUCUGGAGGAGAGUGCCUUUGUUGUACUGGUCUUUUGGAAUGGCUCAGUUGCAGCUCUAUUCAGAAGCCAGCGUGGCUCUCUUGCAACUGAAUAACCCCAAGGGUUUCCAAGAACUGAGCAAACAAGCAAAGAAGAACAUGACUAUAGAUGGGAAAGAACUGACGCUUAAUCCUGCCUAUUUACUGUGGGACCUCAGCUCUGUCAGUCAGUCCAAGCAGGAUGAAGAUGUUUCUGCCAGCCGCUUCGAGGACAACGAAGAACUGCGGUACUCGUUGCGAUCAAUAGAGAGACACGCCCCUUGGGUACGGCACAUUUUCAUUGUCACCAAUGGGCAGAUUCCUUCCUGGCUUAACCUGGAUAAUCCUCGGAUAACUAUAGUGACACAUCAGGAAAUAUUUCAAAAUGUGAGUCACUUGCCUACCUUCAGUUCACCAGCUAUUGAAAGUCAUAUUCAUCGUAUCAGUGGCCUUUCUCAGAAGUUUAUUUAUCUCAAUGAUGAUGUUAUGUUUGGGAAGGAUGUUUGGCCUGAUGAUUUUUACAGUCACUCAAAAGGUCAAAAGGUGUACUUGACGUGGCCUGUGCCAAACUGUGCUGAGGGAUGUCCUGGCUCAUGGAUUAAAGAUGGUUACUGUGAUAAAGCCUGUAAUAACUCAGCAUGUGAUUGGGAUGGAGGUGAUUGCAUUGGUAACAGUGGGGGCAAUCGCUAUGUUGCUGGUGGAGGUGCAGUUGGAGGUAUUGGGAACGGCCCACCAUGGCAGUUUGGAGCAGGAAUAAGUGGCGUUUCAUACUGUAACCAAGGCUGUGCUAAUUCCUGGCUAGCAGACAAAUUCUGUGACCAGGCCUGCAAUGUCCUCUCAUGUGGAUUUGAUGCUGGUGACUGUGGCCAGGAUCACUUUGAAGAGAUGUACAAGGUGAUGCUUCAGCUUAAUCAGACCUACUAUGUUAUUCCCAAAGGUGAAUGUCUGCCCUACUUCAGUUUCAGUGAAAUAGCCAAGAAAGGAAUUGAGGGAUCAUACAGUGAUAAUCCAAUUAUCAGGCAUGCUUCAGUUGCUAACAAAUGGAAAACUAUCCACCUAAUCAUGCAUAGUGGCAUGAACACAACUGUGAUCUAUUUUAACCUUACAUUCCUAAAUAAAAAUGAUGAAGAGUUUAAAAUGCAAAUAGCUGUUGAAGUGGAUACUAGGGAGGAGCCAAAACAGAACACAACUUCCAUGCAAAGAUCUGACUCUGAUUUUAAAAGUGUAACUUCAGUGCCAGAAGCUGAAAUGAUAUUUGAGGAUAUUCCAGAAGAAAAACGUUUUCCAAGAGUCAGGAGACGUAGAAAUGGCACAAAAGAGAGUGUACCUGAAGAGCUGAUAAUCCCAUCAGUAAAUGUGUCUCUUCUUCCUGAAGAUGUCCAACUAGCACUGCAGAAACUGGACUUAAAACUACUAAAUGGUGAUGUAACUCAGAAAGGAUAUAACCUAUCCAAGGCUGCUCUUCUGAGACCUUUCCACUUUUUAAGCACAGCAAAGAGUAUUGUAGGCCUGGAAAAAAAGGGCAUGCAUGAUCAUUCAGAAGAUCAGAAGAACCAGAGCAACUGGGAGAAGUCUUAUAAAGAUGUAAAUGAUGGCAAAAUAAAAAGAGUAAAAGCAAAGGAAGAAGUUCCUUCGAGGCUUAUGGGAGUGAAGGGGACUGUUGUGACAAUGAGCACAAAUAAAGAUAUUUACAAAGUACAGCCAAAAGCCACACUUCCCCCCCAGAGCAUGGGGAAAAAAAAUGAAACUCGAGAAAAAGUAUUGAAUGCACUCAUAUUAAAGGAAACACAGAAAUCAAAACAUACUGGGAAUUUUGAUCCUGGAGAAGGCAAACAGCGUAUGGAAGGAAUAAAAGAGCCUGAGCAGGUGGAUGCAAAUAUGAAGGAGGGUCUAGUGGGAAGAAAAUUGCAGUCUUAUGCUGGAAGUUACCAAGGCUUUUUGCCAUGGGAGAAAAAGAAAUAUUUCCAAGACCUUCUUGAUGAAGAAGAAUCAUUACUCAAAGAAAUGUCGUACUUUACUGAAGGUAAACAUUUUGGAAGGCAGCUGAAAGAUACAUUUGCUGAUUCCCUUCGAUACGUAAAUAAGCUGUUAAACAGCAAGUUUGGAUUUACAUCUCGUAAAGUCCCUGCUCACAUGCCUCACAUGAUUGACCGUACUGUUAUGCAAGAGCUCCAGGAUAUGUUUCCUGAGGAGUUUGACAAGACAUCAUUUCACAAAGUGCGUCACUCUGAAGAUAUGCAAUUUGCUUUUUCAUAUUUCUACUAUCUUAUGAGUGCAGUUCAGCCACUGAACAUUUCUCAGAUCUUUGAUGAGGUUGAUACAGACCAGUCAGGCAUCUUGUCUGACCGAGAGAUUCGCACAUUGGCCACAAGGAUCCAUGAACUACCAUUAAGUUUGCAGGAUUUGACGGGUCUAGAACAAAUGCUAAUAAAUUGCUCUAAGGCUCUCCCUGCCAACAUCACUCAGAUCCAUGUUAUUCCUCCAACUCAGGAAGCAUAUUAUGAUCCAAAUCUGCCUCCAGUAACCAAAAACCUAGUGACCAAUUGCAAACCUGUAACUGACAGGAUUCGUAAGGCUUACAAGGACAAAAACAAAUACAGGUUUGAAAUCAUGGGAGAAGAGGAAAUUGCCUUCAAAAUGAUUCGCACAAAUGUUUCUCACGUAGUUGGUCAGCUGGAUGACAUACGAAAAAAUCCCAGAAAAUUUGUUUGCCUAAAUGACAAUAUUGAUCACAAUCAUAAGGAUGCGCAAACAGUGAAAGCAGUGCUUAGGGAUUUUUAUGAGUCGAUGUUUCCCAUCCCUUCCCAAUUUGAACUGCCAAGAGAAUAUCGGAAUCGUUUCCUUCACAUGCAUGAGCUCCAAGAAUGGAGGGCAUAUAGAGACAAGCUCAAAUUCUGGACCCACUGUGUUCUAAUAACACUUAUUCUAUUUACAGUCGUCUCAUUUUUUGCUGAACAGCUAAUUGCACUUAAACGAAAGAUUUUUCCAAGGAGAAGGAUCCAAAAAGAAGUUGGUCAUGAACGAAUCAAAGUGUAGAAGAGCUUUAUUUUGGAGAUCAGUCUACCUCAAACUGUGAUUAAGCAUUUUAAAUGUCUCUUUCAUAAGUGUCUUUUCUGGUUUGCUGUUUAACUACAUUGAUAUGAAGAAAAAAAAUCAUGCACCUACAUUCAAAUCUCUGCAGUACUCUUCAUGAUAUAAAAGCUGCUGGAGCUGUGACAAUGCAAAAUAACAACAAAAGAUAAUUGCAGGACACCUGUACAUAGGCAGUUUUCAACAGAUCUUACUUUACAACUCUUAGUUCAUGGCCAUGUUAUCCUUUUUUAUAAAAAGGGUUACCUAAAUAAAUGUAACUGCAUUUAUUGCAGUGGAUGUUGCCAACUAGAUAAAAUGUUGGAAGGAAAAGUUGUUUGGGAUCAGCGUAAGAAGUCCUUGAUCUUGCAUUCCAAAGCAUUUUGCAAAUUUCUGUCAUUGCUGCUUUUUUAGCCCUCCAGGGAAAAUUGAGAAUUAUGUAACUUGUCAUUUAAAUUUAGAAUACAUUUAUAGAUGUUGACAUUCUUUAAAGCACAGUGACAAUUCAUCUCUCUAUUUGUAGUGUAUAAUUGGGAUUUGAAAGAAAGGUAUGCUACUAAAAAAUUACACAGUAACAACAUCUAAUGGUUUAUUUCAAAGAUGUUUUAUAUGUGGUGUAUUAUAGUCCAAAGAAUACAGAAAGAAAUGGUGUUAUUUCCUGGCUUGAUUACAGAGGAUUGUAAUCAAAGGAAAAUGAUAAAGUUAGAAUAUUUUACAAGCAUUGUAAAUCAAAAAGCAAAAGUGCCUCUGUAUGAAUGGGUAACAAACAAAAUAGAAAAGUAUGGGGAGCAGUGUUUCACUUCAUAAAACAAUAUUUGUACUGACAUACAAUGCUGUGGUGUUUUUAAAUUUCACAGGAUUUGGCCCUGUAUUUUGCUGAGAUAUGGGAAUAGUGUGGUUUUAUGUGGGAAAGGGUACUGAAUCUUUUCAAGCAUAAAAUUUUGAUGGUGUAUCUUCACUUAAUUGUAUUAGCAGUAUUCAAAAAGCAUUAAUUUUUGUAAUCGGAUGAUGUACAAAAUGUAUGUGCAUAUGUAUUGUAAGAUACUUGGCUUGCUUUGGAGUUAACUAAAAUGUGAUGAAAGUUU